CCCAGGACCCUGGGAUCAUGACCUGAGCCAGAGGCAGAGGCUUUAACCCACUGAGCCACCCAGGCGCCCCUGGUUUGAGGAUGUCAACUGUGACAAGCGGCAUGUCCAACAAGCAGAUGGGACCACUAAGACCCUCCUCGACCCAGAGAGCUGGAACAGGGUGCAGGCACGGAUGGCGCCUUCAGGGAGGCCCACUGCACACUGGAGGCAGAAGACAGUCUCGUGCACCAGCUCUGCUCCCUCAUCAGCCAAAGGGCAAAUGUAGAGGCUCUCUCACCUCUGACUCCUUACAGGCGAGGAGGCCCGGGCGCGCGGCUCUCCCGGCGCGAGGACGAGGGAGAGGUCGACGGACGGGCGCUCCCCGGAGCCCGAGAAGCCUCCGACCCGGCCCGCGGAGAGCCCCCCGGGGAAGAAAGGGGCCGCCAAGGGAGCGCGGCCUUCAUCGGAAGUCGAAGAACCCUGAUGGAAAGGUAAAGGCGAGCAAGAAGAAAGUUGCCAUUCCACAGAUCAUCAUCACUAGAGCCUCAAGAGAGACUCUGACCAGCUACAGUUCCAUCGGAAGCGACGAGCAGAGAACCAUUAAGGAGCAGGUUGAAUGGACGCCCUACUACCGGCACAGAAACCCCAGUACCGUAGAUGCCUAUCGUUUCCGAGAAUAAACGAGCACUGAGUAGCUGGCAUUGCUCACUGUGCUCUGAGUCUCAGCCACGAUGGCAGAAGGGCCAUCCUGCCCUUUGGGAAGCUGCAGUUGCCCCUUCCCUAAAUGAGAUUCCUCUCAGUGACUAACUUGGUCUUACCUUCCCCAGAGCUGCUGGCAGCUUGGCAGAGGGCAAGAGGGACUCUGGCUCAGAGACCGAACUUUGUGGUGAUACAUGAAUUAGUAGACCUCUGUCACUGGCUAUGCAGGGCGAUGAACCAGCGGCAGGCAGCAUCUCUCUCUCUCGCUGGGCAAUUAAAACCCUUCCUGUCCACUUCUGAAGGGCGUGGCGCAAGGACUCUGCGGUUACAGCGAG